ACUAAGGCAAGAAAGCAGAAAAAAUUAACAGUGGGGCCAGCAAACCUAAAGUUUGGAAACAAGAAAUGGAGAGCACUGGAUCCUCAGGGCGCCUCUGGGAGUUGCAGUUUGAGCGCAGUUCCAGGCGGGGAGGCGCCUUUGCAGCCCUCGCCGACUCUGCCCCUAGCAGCGCGGAACUACAAGUUCCAGGGUCCCUUGCGGCCGCCGUAGUCAAGUGGCCGGUGGAAUUGGCCCAGGAUGACAGCUGGAGAAUGGAGUCAGUUUUAUCCAAGUAUGAAAACCAGAUUACUAUUUUCACUGACUACCUAGAAGAAUUUCCGGAUACUGAUGAGCUGGUAUGGAUCUUGGGGAAACAGCAUCUCCUUAAAACGGAAAAAUCUAAGCUGUUGUCUGAUAUAAGUGCUCGUCUAUGGUUUACAUACAGAAGGAAAUUUUCACCAAUUGGGGGAACGGGCCCUUCAUCAGAUGCUGGCUGGGGAUGUAUGCUACGCUGUGGACAGAUGAUGCUGGCUCAGGCCCUUAUCUGCAGACACUUGGGAAGAGACUGGAACUGGGAGAAACAAAAAGAACAACCCAAAGAAUACCAACGGAUCCUACAGUGCUUCUUAGAUAGAAAAGACUGUUGCUACUCUAUCCAUCAAAUGGCACAAAUGGGUGUGGGAGAAGGGAAAUCAAUUGGCGAAUGGUUUGGACCAAAUACAGUUGCACAGGUGUUAAAAAAACUUGCUUUAUUUGAUGAAUGGAAUUCCUUGGCUGUUUAUGUUUCAAUGGAUAACACAGUGGUCAUUGAAGAUAUCAAAAAAAUGUGCUGCAUCCUUCCCUUGAGUGCUGACACAGCUGGUGAGAGCCCCCCCGGCUCUCUGAAUGCUUUGAACCAGAGUAAGGGCACCUCUGCCUGCUGGCCAGCCUGGAAACCCCUGCUGCUCAUUGUGCCCCUUCGCCUGGGCAUAAACCAAAUCAAUCCUGUCUAUGUUGACGCAUUCAAAGAGUGUUUUAAGAUGCCACAGUCUUUAGGGGCAUUAGGAGGAAAACCAAAUAACGCCUAUUAUUUCAUAGGAUUCUUAGGUGAUGAGCUCAUUUUCCUGGACCCUCACACAACCCAGACUUUUGUUGACACUGAAGAGAAUGGAACGGUUGAUGACCAGACUUUCCAUUGUCUGCAAUCCCCGCAGCGAAUGAACAUCCUGAACUUGGAUCCUUCUGUAGCAUUGGAAAUUCUAAAGGAAAAUUUAAGGAUGUUUGAAUUAGUUCAGAAACAUCCAUCACACUGGCCUCCCUUUGUUCCUCCAGCCAAGCCAGAAGUGACAACCACUGGGGCAGAAUUCAUUGACUCUACUGAACAACUAGAGGAGUUUGACCUGGAGGAAGAUUUCGAGAUUCUGAGCAUAUAGAAUAGUGGGAACUCAACUUGGAGGUCUGUCUUCCAUCUGGCACCAGAAGAACAUGAACUCAUCACAUAAAACUUUUCUAGUCAGCAAGUGCCUGAUAUGCCAACAGCACACAAACUUGAUAGCAAUCAUGACUGAGCCAAUCACCAUUUCUCAGAAAAAACGAACAAACAACCCUUCCCCAGAAAGAACUAGAACAAUCAUGGAAUCUAGGAGCAGAAAGAUUAUGUGUCGUCCCUUGCUUCCCAGCUUGUCUUACAUGGCCACAGCAAGUCUUCAGCUACUGAAAUGAGGAGGCGGACAUCUGGAAGACAGACAGCAACUUCCACCUUGCUUCAAGCACCAGCAGAUGAGAGAUGGUUACCCUGCGCUUCUUCGCCCUGUCAGGUGUGACCUCUUUUGGGCUAAAUACUAAGAAGCAGUCUGUUCUCUUGCUCUAAUAAUAAAGUGAUUGCAUCAGGGAGAAAAAGUUCUUGUUCAAUUAUUUGAAUACGUAUGUAUUUUAAAUAAUUAAGAUUUCUAUCAAAAAGUUUGUCAAAGAAAUUAUGUCAAGUGUGCACGUGUUGAUCUCCUUCCUAUUUGGAGGAACCUUACUAUUUGAUAGGUCACUGUCCCCAUCAUUACUGAUACUUUUGUGAGAUGUCACCUUGUCCUUA